AUGACGUCCGAUAAAGUCGGUGCAGGUGGAGGUGGACGAAGGAAUGUGCUUCUCGAAAGUGAGAAGAAAGAGGGGGUUUUCCUCCCUCCGUCUUGGGUGGAGAGAACAACCGCCCGUUACACCCAGGGCAAAACUCCUGCUAAGGCUGGUUAG